CAGAAAGGGCAGUGUCGAUAAUUUGAUUUUUUUAGGUAUCCAAUUGGAAGGCUGUAGGCUAUUUGACUGUCUCGUAGCAAAAAAGCUGAGAUGAAAGGGAAAGAAAGUUGGAAACUUUACUCUGUUAAUAAGGUUACGAAUCAAGAAUGGGUUUCUCGUUCUAUUGGUUUAGAGCUUCAUCAAGGCAAUAGUAUCUUUGCAGCAAGUAGAAAAGUUUGAGUUUUUCCUGAAGAGCAUGGACAAGUGGAGAAAUCGUAAAGGCAGCAAUCAAUCAACAAGAAGAGGCAUUCUGCUUGAUGAUGCUAGUGGUGAUUUGGGCAAUUUCCACGGUCACUCCAAGUCUCUUCAGGAUUACUCUAGGGACUUAUCUGAUAAAAGGGCAUCACUAAGGGAGGAAGCACUUUCAUCGAUUCUCAAGGCUUUAACUGUCAACAUAGAGCAAAAUUUUGUUGACCGAAACUUUGUAACACUAGUAUAUCAAUGCCUGCAUUGCAUUAAAAAGGGUUCUCCCAAGGAGAUGAAGCAAGCAGCACAUAUUAUCGGAUUGUCUUCAAUGAUUACUACUUCUGCUGAUAAGGUGCACGAAGCAUAUGAUUAUGUACCGACUGCACUUUCUCAAGGAGAACUUAAAGCUAAGUUUAAUACCUUGGAGAUUCUUGGCUGUUUGGCUGUUGUUACCUUUUUUGGCGCAAGCAAUUCAGAUGAGACUGAACAAGCAAUGAAGUUGCUUUGGGACUUCAUUAAUCCUGACCCUGGUCAUAGUGGCAAUUUCAUUCUUCUCAGACCUACUAGACACAACAACGAUAAAUUUGUGUGUACAACAGCUUGUGAGGCCCUGGCUUUAAUAUUCGAAACCAAGUGUCUAGAGAAAAUUUCAACUGAAACCAAGGAUUCUCGUCAUGAAGGUGAUACAUCUAGCAGAAUACAUCCAAACAAGGAACUGAAUGACAGUAUUAUAAAAAAGCUCAGAAGCAUGAUUGAAACAAGCAAUGAAAGUAUUCCUGAUCAAGCUUCAAAUACAGGGUUCAGUUCUACCUCAGAUGCUUUAAAUUUUCUAGGGGAUGGGAAAUGUUUAAAUAACCAUGUGGCAAUAGGUGGGCAGAAACUCACUUUAUCAACAUGGUCUCAAGUGAUACAGAAGCUAAACUUAUUCCUGCUUCUGAGUGCAGCUACAGUUUAUUAA